CACAAAUAUUCUACAAUUUCUUUUGCACUUAGAAGUCUCCCUACACAAACCAUAUACUUUACCAAUUCCGACAUUGUCAUUAACUAUGGCAUCCAUAGGUUCUCUGAAAAUAAUCGCUGCUCAUGGAUCCCAGCAUGCUAGUUAUCAAACCCAAAAGCAGGUAGGUUCCAGUUUCUUUCAGCACUUUCCAGCCACUAAAAGUUUAAAAUUCUCAAGUCCCACUCAAGUACCUAUACCGAGAAAUUUCAAGAACACUACUAUCAAAGCAUUUUUCUUCAACAAGCCCAAGCAGCCUCAAGAAUCUCCAAAACCAGCAGCCAAAGUUCAAGAACUGUUUGUGUACGAGAUCAACGAGCGUGACCGUGGCAGCCCGGCAUACCUAAGGCUAAGCCAAAAGUCCGUAAACCACCUUGGUGACUUAGUGCCAUUCAGCAACAAACUCUACUCCGGGAACUUACAAAAACGGUUAGGAAUAACCGCCGGACUAUGCAUCCUCAUCCAGCACGUGCCUCAAAAGAAGGGUGAUCGCUACGAGGCCAUUUACAGCUUCUACUUUGGCGACUACGGCCACAUAUCAGUGCAAGGUGCGUACCUCACCUACCAGGACACGUGGCUCGCUGUGACUGGUGGAUCUGGAAUAUUCGAAGGGGUUUCUGGACAGGUGAAGCUUCAGCAACUUGUGUUCCCUUUCAAGCUCUUCUACACUUUCUACUUGAAGGGUAUCCCCGAUUUGCCGGUUGAGCUUCUUGGAAAGGUGGUUGAGCCUUCGCCUAAUGUUGAACCGUCUCCUGCUGCUAAGGCUGCUGAGCCUCAUGCCUCUUUACGUAAUUUCACCAACUGAUGAAUGAUGAUGCAAAAAAAUUGAACUUAAUAGGCUCAUGGUCAUACAAUCAAAAUUUUCUGAACCCUCCCCGAAAUAAUCCCUUUGUUUAUAGUAUUAUCGUUCAAUCUUCUUGUGUAAGAAGUGGCUUUUCGAUGUGGUGAAUGUGUUAGGUAAAAAAGUAAUUUGAAUUUGGAAAAAUAUUUUGUGUUAUUCGGGAAUCAAUUGUUUGAGUUUGGGUCGCAUUACUGGAGUUGAUUGGCAUUACGGGCUUACGCCAAACAAAUAGUAUUUGUAUUUGAAGAUGUUAUAUAUAAUUUUUUUUAAGAAAAAAAGAGAGAUAGGAUCCAGCUUAGAAUAUCAGCACAAGUGCAAAAGCCCAAUAGACUAAAAGGAACAACAUUGAAGGGAAAAAAAAAAAGUAGUUCAUUGUCUUAGAGCUGUAAGAGGGAAUUCAUCGUUCAAGGUUGUAGCUCCAUCAUGUUGCCCCAUAAAUUCAUAAUAAUAAUAGCUAGGGAUAGCAAUGGCUGCAUGGAGCAGGAAUCUUUUCGCUGCUCUCUGUCUUCCUUUAGUAAAAAUAUUUAUUGUCUCCGUUUAUUUU